AUGGCUGACAUCGAGACUCUGGAAGCUGUUCACGAAAUUAUUAAGACAUCUUUUGAUACCAUUAGAGAGUUUGUGGCAGGAUUCCGUGAGGAUGAUAAGAUCAAUCUGUUAAGUGUACGGAAGCAAAAGUUGGUUGAGCGAUCACAUGAGUGGGAAACAAAUUAUAUUGAGGUGAAUAGGUUGAAACCAGGGGAGGAUAUUCCUAAGAAUUCGAUUAGGGUCUCUAAUAGUUCAGUUGAUGUUAAGUUGCCUGACAUAGUGUUGCCCACAUUUAGUGGUGAAUUUAGUGAGUGGACAGCGUUUAUUGACCUGUACAACUCACUGAUUCACACAAAUACUAAAUUGUCUGACGUGCAGAAGUUGCAUUAUUUAAAGGGUGCUCUCACAGGUUCAGCUUCCAAUAUUAUUUCCUCUUCAAAAUUAUCUAAUGAAAAUUACACUGUAGCCUAUAAUCUUAUUUUAAAAACAUAUGACAAUAAAUUUUUAAUUAUUAAUGCUCACUUAAACUCAAUCGAUAAAAUUUCCUCCAUUAGUAAGGGUUCGUUUGAAAAUUUGAGAGCAUUCUUAAAUAAUGCAAGGCAGCAAGUUCAGGCUUUGACUGCAUUAUUUGAACCAGUUAAGUAUUGGGAUGUCGUUCUUUUGUUCAUGUUGUCGAAAAAGUUGGAUAACAACACUAGAGUUGCGUGGAAUUUGUCUCAAGCGUCAGCAGAACUACCAACUUUGAAUAGUUUCUUUAAUUUUAUUGAAAUGAGGGUAGUAGUUUUAGAGAAUUCUAGUUCUGAUUGCAAAGGGCCUUCAGCUAAGACAGUCAACACAAUUGUGAAGAAGGCUUCUCAACCUUGCAUCUGUUGCAAGAGAGAGCAUGCCCUAUUCCAAUGUGCUGAUUUCAAAGCUUUGGAUGUCGAACAGAAGCGAAAGGAACUAGUCUCUAAGCAUUUAUUUUGUGUACGCUGUAUAGCUUCGCGACGUGGCAUUUCAAAGUGCAAAUAUAAGUAUCCUUGCUCUAUAUGCAAGGAAUCACAUAAUUCUUUGUUGCACGAGGAAAAGGUUUCCCCCAUCAACAAUAGUAAUAUUCUUAUGACGCAUUCAAAUCCUCAAACUCUGCUUUCUACUGUUUCCUUAAUUAUUUUUGAUGCAAAUGGCAAAAGACAUUCCGUGCGUGCACUUUUAGAUAGUGGCUCACAAAUAAAUUUAAUUACUAAAUCGCUGGCUUCGCGUCUCCAGCUUCCAAUUAAUUCUUCACUUUAUAAUAUAAGUGUUUUACAAGGGCAGAGUAUGACUUGUAAUAAGUCUGUGAAGAUUAAAAUUAAAUCUAAAUUAACUUCUUUUGAACACAAGUCCAAUAGACUUGUUGAUGACGCUGAGCUAUAUUUUGACAUCCUGCAACAGGGUUGUAUCCGCUUAGGGAAGAAUUUACCAAUUUUGAGGAACAGUCGCUUCGGUUGGUUAUUGUCUGGUGUUUAUUCAGGGGAUGCUGGUUCUGAGUCGUAUGUAGGGUUUGUCUCUAACGAAGAUCUCCAUGAAGAGUUAGCUAGGUUUUGGCAGGUAGAGGAGGUCUCGUUGAGCAAUUCUCUUACGGGUUCAGAUAAGGCUUGUGAGGAACACUUUGUUUCAAAUGUACAUCGUUUAGGAAAUGGCCAAUUUGAAGUUGCUUUACCAUUUAUUGAUGGUAAGAAAUAUCAGUUAGGAAAUUCUUUCACACAGGCAAGGACUCGUUUUUUGAAUUUGGAACGUAGGUUGGUAAAAAAUAAGGACUUAAAUUUAGCUUACUCCAAUUUUAUUAAUGAGUACGCAAAGUUAGGUCAUGCCGAACUUACAUCUCUUACAGGAGAGGAUUUUGAUAAUAAGUAUUAUUUUUUACCGGUUUUUAAGGAUGGCAAUGUUAAUAAAAUUCGUGUUGUUUUUGAUGCUUCUUGCAAAACUUCCACAGGUUUGUCACUUAAUAAUGUCAUGCAUACAGGUCCAAAACUACAACAAGAUUUGUUUUCGAUUUUGAUUCGCAUCAGGUGUCACUUGUAUGUUUUUGUCGCUGACAUUGUUAAGAUGUAUAGGCAAAUUAAGGUUAGGGAUGCAGAUGCUAAUUUACAAUUAAUUAUUUGGAGAGAUUCUCCUCAGAAAAGGCUUGAUAUUUAUAAGUUAAACACCGUUACAUAUGGCACUUCAUGUGCACCAUACUUGGCCAUGCGUUGUCUAAAGAUGUUGUCAGAAGUAAAUUUUGUCAAGUAUCCACUAGCUUCGCAAACUUUAGAUAGGGACAGUUAUGUCGAUGACAUAAUUACAGGUGCAUCGUCAGAGCAGGAACUAGGGCAGCUGAAAUUGGAGGUCUGUAGUCUGUUGAAGUUAGGUUGUUUUCAGUUACACAAGUGGUCAAAUUUUUCUGAACAAAAUAAUACGGUAAAAACAUUAGGUUUAUCAUGGAAUCCAGUUGAGGAUAUUUUCAAAAUAUCUUAUUCCAAUCUUUUUAUCACUUCUACAGACACUAAAAGAUAUGUACUUUCUACCAUAGCUAGGAUAUAUGAUCCUAUUGGACUCAUAUCACCGAUUACCAUAACAGCGAAAUUGAUAAUGCAGGAAUUAUGGAAAUGCAAUUUAGAUUGGGAAGACGCUCUGCCAGAUGAAUUACAGGAUAGCUGGAAUGAUUUCAGACAUCAUCUUUCGUGUUUGGAAGGCUUGUCUGUUCCGCGUUGUUUUUUCAAACAGGUUCCUGUAAGCAUACAGUGUCACGGUUUUGCGGAUGCUUCAUUACUGGCUUAUGGAGCUUGUGUCUAUUUACGGGCGACAUAUGAAGAUGGUAGUAUUUCCUGCCAUCUAAUAUGUUCCAAAUCUAAGGUUGCUCCGUUAAAACAGGUGACACUUCCUCGCUUAGAAUUGUUAGCUGCGUUUUUAUUGGCAAAAUUAUAUAGGCGUGUUAUGGCUAAUGGUGUUGUGAAGAUUAACGAAUCAUUUCUGUGGAGUGAUUCUAGUAUUGUUCUUGCGUGGCUGCGCACAGAACCCUCACAGUUGAAAAUGUUUGUUUCUAAUAGAGUGUCGCAAAUUUUAGAAUUAACUCCAGCAGUUAUGUGGAAGCAUGUAUCUAGCAAAGAUAACCCUGCAGACAUUGUGUCAAGAGGUGUUAGAAUUGCUAGUGAUUUGUUGAGCUGUGAUCUGUGGUGGCACGGGCCAUCUUGGCUUUGUAGCACCAGAGAAAAUUGGCCGAAUAGGUUUUGUGAUCCACCAAAAGAUAAGCUGCCGGAAACACGGGUACUUUGUGCUGUUUCGAAUACUGAGGAUGAUGAUGACAUUGGUAUUGUUCUAAAGUCUUUGUCAGAUAGGGUAUCCAAGUUUAGCAAGCUUGUUAGGAUUGUCGCAUAUUGUCUCAGAUGGAGGAAAAAGCGCAGAACUGUUCCUCUUGGUGAUCCGUUGCCAGCUUUUGAGAUUCAGUUUGCAACUCUUAGGAUAUUUUAUUUGGUCCAGUUAGAAACAUUCUCUAUUACUAAUGAUGAAGAUUUAUAA